AUGUCUACAGCUCCCAACACCAAGCUGGACUUGAGGAUAGAAACAAAGCUCGAACAUAUAGAACGGAUGACGACAACAUCACCCCAAAGGUACCAGCACUCAUUCACGAUAAAGUGCGGAUUCUUGAUCUUUCGGAGCGCUGGUGACUACGAUCACGAGAGGUGCUUUUCGAUUUACGACAGUCAUCUUCUACCGAAUCUGACUGGGUUCAUCGAGACCAAGAAGCAGUUCACCCCUCCCGAAAACGCGAAAUUGCUACCCAGCGAACUGUGGUAG